AGCUGUCUGUGGAAAACGCGGCGCUUCGUGUUGGAACAAGACGCUAGUUAAACAUUUCAUGCCGCUGGAAUCUGUUCGAGAACACCCAGAAUGUUAAAUCACGGGCGUUACUAAGCAGGAAUAAACUGUGCGUUAGGCGUAGUGGCGCAUUUGCGCGCAUUUAACUAACGCGUAAUCCUCCGAGCGUGUACACAGAGUUGAGGACAGGCGCACUUGUCCGCUGUGGCUCGAACUCUAUAUGGAGGGAUGUCGGAAUGGCUUGCACCAGGAGAACAAAAACUUUGGUGUCUACAUGUGUAAUACUAAGUGGCAUGAUCAACAUUGUGUGUCUUUUGUAUGUCGGAUGGGUGACCAAUUACAUCGCUAAUGUUUACAUCAAAGUGCCGAUGCCUGUCCCAGCCAAAAAGUUGGAGGGCGACAGGAAAGGCGAAACUCUGCGUAUUAUAGAGCGACUGGAUCGGCUGGAAAAUGUUGUUAAUCAGCAUAUACAAGAGUCCCCGCUGAAAGGAGAUGACAAUCAGGUAGAUCGAUCUUUUUCUGACUCGUCCUUGUUCAACCACUGGGGCCAGGACCUGGGGCCCGAGAGCCGCAGAGUGGCCCUCAAGAUGUUUCAGUAUUACGGCUACAAUGGUUACCUCAGCGACCGCCUCUCCAUGGACAGGCCCAUCCCAGACUACAGACCUGAGGGGUGCAAAAACAUUUCUUACCCGUCCAACUUGCCGCAGGUCAGUAUAGUGUUCAUCUUUGUGAAUGAGGCCCUCUCGGUAAUUGUGCGCUCCAUCCAUUCAGCCAUGAACCGAACCCCUCGCCACCUGCUCAAAGAGAUCGUACUGGUAGACGACAACAGCAAUAAUGAUGAAUUAAAGGAGAAAUUACUGGACUUUGUGAAGGAGACCAACUCCAAGCAGCCAGGUUUCAUUAAAAUGGUGCGGCACAGUAAGCAGGAGGGGCUGAUCCGUUCAAGAGUGAGUGGCUGGAGAGCUGCCUCUGCCCCUGUGGUGGCCCUUUUUGAUUCCCACGUCGAGUUCAACACUGGCUGGGCCGAGCCUAUUCUUCAGAGGAUCAAAGAAGACAGAACCAGGAUUAUAUCUCCAUCUUUUGACAACAUAAAAUACGACACAUUUGAGAUUGAGGAGUACCCUCUCUCCGCUCAGGGCUUUGACUGGGAACUGUGGUGUCGGUAUCUGAACCCGCCAAAAUCCUGGUGGAACUUAAACAACAGCACCGCUCCAAUCAGGAGUCCAGCCCUGAUUGGCUGUUUUGUAGUGGACCGGCAGUAUUUUGCAGAGAUUGGCCUGCUGGAUGAAGGCAUGGAGAUUUAUGGAGGAGAGAACGUGGAGCUGGGCGUGAGGGUGUGGCAGUGCGGGGGAAGUGUGGAGGUGUUGCCCUGUGCUCGUAUUGCCCAUAUCGAGCGUGCCCACAAGCCCUACACAGAGGAUCUAACAACCCACGUACGCAGAAAUGCUCUGAGAGUGGCUGAAGUAUGGAUGGAUGAGUUUAAAAGCCACGUCUACAUGGCAUGGAACAUUCCACAGGAGGACUCAGGGAUAGACAUUGGUGACAUCACAGAAAGGAAAGCGCUGAGGAAAAGACUGCAGUGUAAGACCUUCCGUUGGUAUCUAGUGAACAUUUACCCUGAGAUGAGAAUGUACACAGACACCAUUGCAUAUGGAGUGCUAAGGAACUCUCUGAAGAAUGACUUGUGUCUUGAUCAAGGGCCAGAAACUGACAACAUUCCCAUCCUUUACCUCUGUCAUGGUAUGACACCUCAGAAUGUAUACUACACCAGCACUCAGCAGUUAUUCGUGGGCAUCUUGAGCCCUACCAUUGACGACGAUGAUAACAAGUGCCUGGUGGAUGUGAACAGCCGGCCGCGGCUCAUUGAGUGCAGCUACGCUGUGGCUAAACGCAUGAAGUUCCACUGGCGUUUUACUCAGGCUGGCUCCAUUCAGAACAUUAAGUCAAAGCGAUGCCUUGAACUCGUGGAGAACAAUGACAAUGAGUUUGGAUUUCAGCUGACACUCCAAAAAUGCACUGGCCAGAAAUGGACGAUCACCAGUAUGUUGCCUGGUAUCACCUUAUGAUGGUAAUGUACUUGAGAAGAGGAGACCACAAAGCACCUGGAUGUCUCUAUUUGACUUUGACAUCAUAUGAUAAAUGUUAAACAUUUUUCCUUGCUACUGUACUUGUGCAUAUUGAUCAGCCACAUUUGGCAGAUAUUGCAUUGUGUAUUUUGAGGUUCUACACUGUAACGAUAAUUAUUUUGUGCAAGGUAUACUUGGUUUUGUCUUGACUUGAAGGUUGUACUGACUCCAUUGCACAUGUUUUGUAUUGGGGCUUUAAUUGCUACUAUGUAGCAAACGCUUUGGCAACGUUCUUGCUGUAUUUCUUCUAGUCUCUCAGGUUUGUAGGUUAAGAUUAUUUUGGAAUAACACUGUACAUUUUUUGGGACAUGCCAGUAUGUUGGAACAUAUCUACAAUCAACUGUUUUAUAUCUACAUGUAUAGUAAAUAUUCUCAGCAUUUAUAAUUUAUUCCAGUAAAAAGAACAGAUGCUAAGAAGAUCUGUGACUAACCUUCUCUAGAGUUUAAGAUAUUGUUUGUUCCUGACGUACACAUGGCAUACGGUUAAUAAAUUCACAAAAAUAUUCCUUCACUCUGUAUUUGACAGGCAUAUUAACCUACUUUGAGGACACUAAGAAAAAUGAAAAAUGUCAUACUGCAUGACUGUAGUUGUUGGGAUGUUUAAAAGUUUAGUUUAACCAAAAAUGAAAAUUCUGUCAUCAUUUGCUCAUCAUCCAAAACACGUAUGACUUUCGUACAUCCGUGGAACACAAAGGGAGAAGUUUGGCUGAAAAAUUAGACUGUAAAGUUACAAAAAGGACAUGACAUCUUUAAAUAAAUCUACACAUACAGUAGCUAGGCUAAUUCACUAGUAAAUAAGCUCUGGGAGUUUCUUAUCAAGAUACACAUUAUGAGUCAGUUCACUAGCCGUUUAGUGGGCUAAAGCACAUAUCUGUUAAUCAGAAGGUUGCUGGUUUGAGCCCCAUAGCCACCACCAUUGUGUCCUUGAGCAAGGCACUUAACUCCAGGUUGCUCUGGGGGGAUUGGCCCUGUAAUAAGUGCACUGUAAGUCGCUUUGGAUAAAAGCGUCUGCCAAAUGCAUAAAUGUAAAUUCCCAUUUUUAUAAUUCAUUCCUGCAAUUCCAUCCGUGUUUUCUGCAUUACCGAAAUCAUAGGGCCCUACUGUAGAGUAGCUCUCUAAUCUCAUUAACACUUCCCUAUAUUUAAACUUGGCCUGUCAUGUUCAUCAUUGACAUCACUGCAAAUUUAUUUGAUGACUUUGCAAACUCUGAAAAGUAUCAGUGAAUAAAAACUUAAAUUUCAGUCUGUUCCUAACACACAACUACUGAAUGGCUUCAGAAAACCUAUAGUGUAUGAUUCAUAUGGUCUAAUUUUAUGUUGCUUUUUUUUUGUCCUAUAUUGAGCUUGGCAGUUCGUUCUUACUGUAAGCUUUCAUUGUAUGGAUAAGAGCACCUUGGACAUUUUUCAAAUUUCUUCUUUUGUGUUCCACCGAAUAAAGCAAGUCAUAAACAUGAGGGUGAAUAAAGAAUUAUAGAAUUGUAAUUGUCGCUGUAAGACUUGACACCACAGUUCCCUAAAUGACUGUAAACAGUUUUGCUUUUCAUGUGUCAAAGGUUUUAUUCUUGAUUUUUCAAAUCAUCCAUAUA